UCAACAAGGACAGUUGGGAAUGAUAACAUCUGAGGAUACCAUGUUGAGGAAUUAGAUGUUUUGCCAUCUAGGAUUUUUUCUGCCCCCACAUAUGCCACUAUGCUUGUAAUCCAGUAGCAAUGGAAUCAAGCGAAGCACUUCAGUGUAAAUUAAGUUCAUUUUCGUGGUCCCUUUGCUUAAGACAGGGAUGUCCAACCUUGGCAACUAUAAGAUCUGUGGACUUCAACUCCAGCAUGGGAAUUGUAGGGAGUUAAAGUCGACAAGUCAUAAAAGUUACCAUGGUUGGACACCCCCUGCCUGAAAGCAACAACAGGCGCUUCACCCCCGCCCUCAGCUUUCGGGAACGCUUGCCAGACCGAGCGGAUGGAGACACCGACACCAAUGCGCCUGCUCCGAGAACGCGCGCUACGCUCGGCGGCCUAUCAGAGGAGGCGACGGCGGUCUCAGGGAAGACGCUGGUUCUGUCAGCGGCGGGAGCGUUUCGUAGUUGCCUAGUGAACCAAUGUAAACAAAAGGCGGAAGCAGAGGGGGGUGUUCCGGCUUCUGCUCCGCUGUUGUUGAGGGGCAGCCUGGAAGUGGGAGUUUUAAGGUCCGCCGCAAGCUCGGCAAGGCAGGUGCUGCCCAACAAGCUGGUCCCGCCGCGAGCGAGUCCGUUUGGAUCUUAACCCGAAGACUAACGCGAACAGCGCAAGCUACGGGGACGCGCUCAGGAGGGAGCGCUUUUUAAUAUCUUUAACUGUCAAACAUAGAAGACUGAGAAUAGUAUGAAGAAAAAAAUUAAAGAAAAGUUGUGAAUAUUAAAAUUAACAAAUGGACAUAUAAGCUGCAAUGGAAGAAAUUCCUGUUAAAGUGGCAGUAAGAAUAAGACCUUUACUCUCAAAAGAAAUACUUCACAAUCAUCAAGUAUGUGUGAGAUUAAUCUCAAAUACUCAGCAAAUUAUCAUUGGAAAGGACCGUGUCUUCACUUUUGACUUUGUUUUUGGCAAGCAUUCAACCCAAGAUGAAGUCUAUACAACAUGUAUUAAGCCAUUGGUAGCAUCUUUGAUCGAAGGAUACAAUGCUACUGUUUUUGCAUAUGGACAGACAGGCUCUGGAAAAACUUAUACUAUUGGAGGAGGUCACAUUGCAUCAGUUGCUGAAGAAGAGAGAGGUAUUAUUCCACGGGCAAUUGAAGAAAUAUUUCAGAUUAUUUCUGAAAACCAUAAUACUGAUUUUGCAGUUAAAGUUUCGUACAUAGAAGUCUAUAAAGAAGAACUCAGAGAUCUCCUGGAACUAGAGACAUCUAUGAAAGAUUUGCAUAUUAGAGAAGAUGAAAAGGGCAAUACAGUAAUCGUUGGUGCCAAAGAUUGCCAGGUGGAAAGUACAGAAGAAGUGAUGAGCCUGUUGGAAACAGGGAAUGCUGCUAGACAUACAGGGACAACCCAAAUGAAUGAGCAUUCUAGCCGAUCCCAUGCUGUUUUUACCAUCAGUGUCUGUCAACAACAGCAGCCUUUGCAGGAGGACAAAGAGGGUGCACAAAAUUCACCCAAAAAUUCAGGACAUCAGAUCGCAUCUAAGUUCCACUUUGUAGAUCUUGCCGGAUCAGAAAGAGUUACAAAAACUGGCAACACUGGUGAAAGAUUCAAAGAAUCCAUUCAGAUCAACAGUGGUUUACUAGCUUUGGGAAAUGUGAUAAGUGCACUUGGAGACCCAAAGAGAAAAAACAUACAUAUUCCAUACAGGGAUGCUAAAAUCACACGUAUCCUUAAAGACUCUUUAGGAGGCAAUGCAAAGACUGUCAUGAUAACAUGCAUUAGUCCAUCUUCUUCUGAUUUUGAUGAAUCAUUAAAUUCCAUCAAGUAUGCAAACAGAGCAAAAAAUAUUAGGAACAAACCUAUUGUCAACUAUAACCCAGACUGGGAUCGUAUAAAUGAAAUGGAGCUUGCCAUUAAAUUGCUUCGGGAAGCCUUGCAAAAUCAACAAACUAAUGGACAGUCUUCUGGUAGCCAAGGGUCACAAGAUUUAUGCCAAGACAAAAACAGAAUUCGUUCUCUUGAACAGCAGCUUGCUCAGUUUCAAAUUGAAAGCUUUAAUUUGCGAAAUUGCAUUGAAGAAGCUUAUUUAUUUCUUGUUGAUUUAAAAAAAAUUGCCAACCUAUCAAAAAAUCAACUUGAAAAACUGCAAGAAUGGAUCCAUGUAGCUCAGGAACUUAGGAGAGAGGCAUCUAUUCCCCAGGUAAACAAUGGAACAGUAGCCGACCAAGAAGGACCAUAUCAUAUCACGAUUCUUCAGCUUAAAAGGGAGCUGAAGAAAUAUCAGCAGGCUCUUGCAACAGAUGCAGAAGUCUUCAGUGAAAAAGAACUGGAAAUAAAAAUAUUGCAAGAUCAGAUACAAAAGCUGAUACAAGAAAAUCGUGAAUAUCUGGAAUCACUAAAGGAGGCACAAGAUACAAAUAGGUUACAGAAUGAAAAAAUGGUAGAGCAGCGGCUUAUAAUUAACCAGCUAAACGGCAAAUUGGAGAAAAUGGCUAAAGCAUCUGCCUCUAAUGGUGCUUCUGGAGAUGGACCAGCUGCAGUAAUACCAGCUAAAAGGCCCUAUAGUGUUCCAUUAACUAAAAGUUUGUUGCAGAUGAAUAACAUACCAUUAAGAUUGGAUUCUCGAAAGGUACACACAAGCCCUCCGAUGUAUUCCUUAAGUAAAGUUAUAGCUGGAUUUCAGACCCGUAAUCAGAUCAUGAUGGAUCACAUAGAAGAGCAAGAUGAAGUCCUUCAUUAUUGCUUUUCUGAUCACAGUGAUGAUGAUGAUGAAAACAAUGCCAAGACUGGAAGGAGAUUCAGAUUUAGACGUUCCUUAAACCGUACAUGGACACGGAAGCAGCAGCCUUCUAGCUAUAUAACUGAAAGAAAAGAGGUACAACAAAAUGCCAGUUCAGAAAUUGGAAAUCUUUCAUCAACAGAUGCUGUUACAGAUAAAGAAGGUGCAGAUAUUGAAUUUAUCAAGAAAAGUCAGAUAAUAAAUGUGCAAAAGUUAAAGAAUUCAGAGCUAAAACUUAUUGCUGCUAAGCAAAAAAUGAAUGAACUUACCCUUAAUAUCAAAAUGAAAGAAGAACUCAUUAAAGAAUUGGUGAAAACGGGCAAUGAUGCUCGAUCUGUAAGCCAGCAAUAUUCUCUGAAAAUAACACAGCUGGAACAUGAAGCAGAGCAGGCUAAAAUUGAUUUAGCAGAAACACAAAAGCAACUGCAAGAACUAGAGAACAAGGAACUAAGGGACAUUGCUGAAAAAGCCAGAUUACAGAAAGAAUUCAGAAAAAAGAUGGAUACAGCAAAAAUGAAAGUUCAGGUCAUACAGAAAAAACAACAGGAAACUAAGAAUCUAGCAUCAUUAUCUACCCAGAAUGAGAAACGUAUAUCAGAAUUAGAACAGAAUAUUAAUCAUAUGAAAAAUCAACAAGCCCAAUUACAGAAAAAAUUGCGGGAAGAGAAUGAAAAAAAGAAAAUACUGGAAACAGGAGUCCAGCAAGGUCAAUUAAAAAUCAAGGAACUUCAACAAAAGACAGAACAGCAGGAGAAGAUUCUAAAGCUAAAGGAUAAAGAGAUUGCUGCGUUUAAGAAAAGAAACUCAACUGGGGCUCCCCAACAACUGCAGAAAUUAGAAGAGAAAAAGAAGUGCUUAGAUGAAGAACUAGAAAAGAUUUUGCACCAGCAUCAAGAGUUAGCUGCUCUGGAGGAAGAUUUAAAAAGAAGAGAAGCGAUUAUUUUAAAGAAGGAAACACUGAUGCAGGAGAAAAGCCAUUUGGAAAUUAAAAAACUGAGAUCCAGUCAGGCUCUCAAUGAAGAUAGUUUGAAAUUAUCUACUCGUCUAAGUAUGUUAGAUCAAGAACUUUGUGACAAAAAUAAGCAGCUUCAAAGGAGUGCCACCGAUGAACAAGGGAGGAUUUUUGAAGAGGUUCAGACUUUGCAAAAAGAAAAGGAUCAGCUGUUGAAAAGAAGAAACAGUGUGGAUGAGAAAUUAAAAAAUGGCAGAGUGUUAUCAGCAGAAGAAGAGCAUGUUUUAUUCCAGCUUGAGGAAGGAAUUGAAACCUUGGAAGCAGCCAUUGCUUAUAAAAAUGAAAGCAUACAAAACCAUCAAAACUCAAUCAGAGUCUCAUCACAGAUCCUUACACAAAGUGAAGCCAGUGUGAUGGGAAAGUUGAUAUCAUUGUCCGCUACUGAACUGCGUGCAAUUCUUUUAAAGUAUUUUAACAAGGUUGUUCGACUCCGUGAGAGUGAACGUAAAUUGCAAGUGCAGUCUGAAGAACUGAGAAUGAGGGCAAUGGAACAAGAAAAUAUAAUAAGAGAACUUGAAUUGGCACUUGAACAUCUCAUGCUGCAAUGUGACAGGCGCCUCACCCUUCAACAAAAAGAACACGAACAAAAGAUUCAGUUGAUACUACUUCACUGUAAAGACCAGGAAAGUGAAAAUAUUGCAGAAACUAUUAAAGCCUAUGAAGCUAAAAUUCAGCAGUUGGAACGAGAUUUGUUUUUUUAUAAGAAAACCAGCCGAGAGUUAAAGAAGAAAUUAAAGGAUGUUGUUGGAGAAGCAAUAUAUCAUUCUAAACAAAGUAAAUGUUAUGCUUCUAAUGAUGGGAUGCUAAAUCAAGAAGAAACAAGUAUUUCUUUAGAAGAACACGGACAGAGACCCCAAACUGUAGGGAAAUUGAAAGAAAGAAACUGCACUGUAGGUGAUAUAGGAACACAGCAGACUUCACCAGAAACAUUUGAAGAGGAAGUUGCAGAAGCAGUACUCUCUACCUCUAAUAAUCAUGAGGAGCCAACAGGGAAAGUACAACAUUUCACGAAAUCUCAUUCACAAGCAUUUACUCAUUCACAGACAGGCAACCCAGUGACCCAACUUCAAGGAAUAACUCCAGUAAAAUUUUCCCGGAAAGAAUUACGCCAUAUCCCAGUUUCUGAGCUUUUAUCAAGACGAGCUAUUAUAAAUUCUAUUGCUGCAGAUUCCAUUGAAAUGCCUAGAAAAUCUCAUGACCAUACUAUGUAAUUCAGAUGACAAUUCAGAAAGUAAUUUUGCAGUUUCUUAUUUUUCCACAAUAUUUCAGGAAAUUACAAUGUUUGUAUAAAUUACUGUUAGCAGUUAUUCUUCACCUUGGUCUUUCAUUUUGCUUUCAAGAAAACUAAUUCCUUUUUGGCACUGGCAUGGUAGUAUACAAAGGGGAACAAUUUUGUCUUUAAAUAAUUUUUUAAUUUACAUUUUUAUUAAUAUGGGUUUUUAUUCUUUCAGUACUGUGCAGCAUUAUACUAUGCACAUAAUAUAGAGAACUGAUUUACACAAUCCUAGUAGCAUACUAGUGAGAACAAAGAAACAUAAAUAACAACGUGCUCGAUACCUUCCAUGAUUAUGAAAAAACACCAUAGCGAAGAAAGGGCUAUCAUUUUAUUUGUAACUGAUAAUUUUUAGAUAAAUCAAUUUCCCAGACACCCAUAUAGAUAUGGACAGCAUACAAUGAAGUAGAAAUGUCCUUCAAAAACUAUUUUUCUAAGAUAUUAAGUAGUUAACAAAAGGAAAAAAUUGAAAAUCCCUCAUUUAAAAUAAACACACAUUUACAUCUCAAAUGCAAACCUUAUCCCUAACUUACUUGACUAUAAAAAUCAUAUUUGAACUAGGCCUGGAACAGUUAUUAGUAUAAUUUUGACAAUUUUUAAAGUAAUUUUUUUUAUUUCUAUAAUCAACAUUAAAUCUAUUUCAGUGAUUGCUUAUACAGACGGGGAUGAACUGAAUUGAAGUGUAAUAAAAAAUUAUUUUGCUGUGUCAGAAUAUCUGUACAUCCCAGUGUUUAACCCAAGAUGAAGUUAAAUCUGAUUAAAAUAAAGCCAGAGACUCUUUCAAAUCCUUUCAAAAUAUUUGUAUCCUGAGUCACUGUUUUAGGAACAGAAGUUGUUCCUAACCAAUAAAAGCUCCU